AUUUGGCUAAUACAAGUGUCAGAGUGUCAACAACGGACAGGCAGCAGCAGCAUCGCAGCCAGCGGCGCUGUCCGGGUGCAGGGAGGGGGAGUAAAAAGGCACUUUAAACGUCCGAACUCUGUUUGAGAUGGGGGAUGAUCGACCCUUUGUCUGCACGGCCCCCGGGUGUGGGCAGAGAUUCACAAAUGAAGAUCACCUCUCAGUCCACAAACACAAACAUGAAAUGACUUUAAAAUUUGGUCCUGCCAGGACAGACUCUGUUAUUAUUGCAGACCAGACCCCAACCCCCACACGUUUCCUGAAGAACUGUGAGGAGGUCGGUCUAUUCAACGAGCUGGCUGGUUCCUUUGAUCAGGAGUUUGCUAAAACACAGGAAGACGAGCAGAGAACAAAACACCCUGCUGCACCUUCACAAACACCCUCUGAAGUAAAAGAUGAGGACGAGUCGUCCUUACAAGUUGAUUCCUCCCCCCCCGACAGUCCAGAUUCCUCCUCCAGUAUGUCUGAGAACAGCAGGGACUCACGGGAGUUUCUCAAUAAGCCCGUGGUAAGCUCUGCUCCAACUCCAACGAUUGUUCGACCGGGGUCUCUUCCCCUUCACCUGACCAAUGACCAGCUCCACCCAACUCUGCCUUCUCCAACAUCCGUGAUCACACAGGCUCCACCUUCCAACAGGCAGCUUGGAUCUCCCACAAGUGCAUAUCCACUGGUGAGGCACCUCUCUAAUGGGCAAGCGGUCCCUCUUCUGCCCAGCCCUGUACAGAUGACUUCAGUUAUAUCUCUUGCAAGGACGGUAAACACAGUGCCUAACAUCCCUGGGAUCCCAGGACCUCCUAUAGGCGGAGCCAGCAGUGGUUCCUCCUCCCCAUCUGGAUAUGGUCUUCACUCUGAGACCAAAAUGAGGCUGAAGGCAGCUCUUUCUCAUCAAGGCCCAGUAGCACAAGACGGAGCAGGUGGUGGAUCGGGAUCCAUCCCUGCUAUCCCUCAGCGACAAGAACAGAGCCAGCAACCCACUCAGAACUCUGAUACACCGUCGCCUGCACAACCUCAGGUGUCCCCUGCUCAGCCAACAGGAGGACGGCGGCGGCGUGCAUCAGAGAUGGACCCUGACGAGAGAAGGCAGCGCUUUCUAGAAAGAAACCGGGCAGCUGCGUCUCGCUGCAGACAAAAACGAAAGCUGUGGGUCAACUCCUUAGAGAAAAAGGCUGAAGAUCUUGCCAACAUGAACAUCUCCUUAACAAACGAAGUGACUCUGCUAAGGAACGAGGUGGCACAGCUGAAGCAGCUCCUUCUAGCUCACAAAGACUGUCCUGUCACUGUCAUGCAGAAGAAGGCCGCUUUUUUAGCUGCAGGAGGAGAGGAAGCCUCAAGGGAGGCUCCCACUGAGCACAUCGGUUCCCCAGCGGCGGUCAUUCAGCAUGUGCCGUCACCCGCUGCCGUGUCCUCGAGCCCAGGGCCCACAAUAAAUGGACUAAGCGUCCGAGCUGCAGAGGCAGUGGCCAUGUCGGUGUUAGCCGGCAUGGGCUCGGGCCAGCCUGGAGGAGUCGUCAUUGCACCGCAGUCACAGCCAGCCCCGAGAUGAUGUGUGGGCUGAUGGCAACCAGAAUGAACUCCAGUGGCGUUUGGAGGCCAGACCGAUGCAAAGCUCGUCGUAAAGAGGGAAGCCACCCUCACUACAUAGAUGCCCCUUCCCCUGUAGUUACAGUAAUCACACAAACACAUGGCGACGUACCUUUUGAGAAACGCUUCAUCAUUCUGUUUGUAAAUAUUGAAUUACGUGUCGAACACUUACUCUGCGGGGUUCGGGGUCAGUUAUGACAGUUGGAAAUUAUUUUAGAUUCACAGGAAAAAUAUGAAAAUGGUUUUCAACCAAUGAAUAAUUUAAUUUCAGUUUGGAAAGCUGCAUCAGUCCAACUUCUUCCCACACUGGUUGUGAUGAGGUUUUGUUUCUUUCCAGGCAAACGGUUUUACUGUAAUAUAUCUUUUUUUGUACAAAAAAAAAAGGAAAUAUAACUUCUGCAUUUGUUUUUUUGUUUUGUUUCAAGGAUAAACAACCUGUUGAACUUGCCAGUGUUUUUCUUAGUAAAUAUAUAGGAGGUUUUUAGCAUCAAAUAACCCCAGAUGUGGGUAACAUUCAUCCGUCGUGAUUGGUAAUGUCUGCCAUAAUACACAAAGUCCUGUAAGCCUCUUCUUUGCACUUUAAUCUUGGGUUCUUUCCAAAGAUUUUUAUCUGUUUUAAGUCUUUCAAAAUGGCAAUGUUUUGACAUAAUUGUCUUGUCCCUUUCCUCAUUUUCCCUUUCAUUCAGCUUUGCAAGAUUCUGAAUAACAGAACCACAUUAUAAUGCUCCCAUCUCCAAACUUCACUUUUUAGAAUUGUAUGUUUAUGGGGUACAGCACAAUUUGUAUUUUCAGGCAUUGUCCUGUGCAAUCACCUAAACUGUUCAUGGUUAUACUUUGAAAAGACUUCAAGUCUUUCACUAAAUGUCCUUCAGCAAACCUGAAGAGUCUUGUGCUGGAAAUAUAGUUAGCAUAAACCAACCUGGUUAACUUUUCCUAAAUGUAUUCAGUUUGAUCAUGUAAAUUCAGUUUCAUUGAUUUCUGUGUGUGGAUUAGGAUGAUUGUUACUCACAUCUGGUGUUGGUUUCAUGUCUGAAAACACGAUUUGAUGUAUGUUUACUUGGAAAAUAUUCAGGUAAAACUUUGUUUAUGAUUUAUUUUUACUUUGUGUAAAACCUUCCUUGAAUGCAGUGAUUGCAUUCUAGAAACUUUUAUUUUUCCCCCCUUUAAACACGUUUCUCUUUUUUUUUUUUGAGUCAACUCUAUAAAUGCACUCGGUGGAUGUUGGUUGAGUUCGCAACAAACCGUAGACGUGAACACAGUUAAUCCUGUGAUUGUGUGCCCUUUUUAUUAUUAAUAUUUAACCCAUUUGGAAUGGAUAUCAUGAUAUUAGUCAAUCGUAUCAACCCUAACUGACUGCAUGGAUUACUUCAGGCUGAAGAAUACCACUGUUUGUACGUAGCCCAUUAUGCUCUCACUGUUUUUUAACAUCCAGCUAUAAAUGUGAAAAUUGUCCCGGCUCUCUAAGGAUUCAUUUGUGGCCCUGAAAGCUUUGGACUAUUAGAAUUUUAACUGAUAAUCAAAAGUAACAGGUUUUAAAUCCUUUACCCAGGCAUUUCAGUUGAGUAAAGAGUAGUGCAAUAUAUUUUUCUAUUGAAUAUCAAUGUUCUUGCUUUGAGUGGACAUGUAGAGUCGGACUGCUGACAGGGUUUGCGCUAUUUCAGACAAACGCUACAGUAACGAGGUGACCAAAGGAAAUGUGAAGAUUAUUGUUGAGUGAAUGGAUCGUGGAUCAGUACACAUGUAAAGUUACACAUGGUCUGAUUUAGAGCUUUGUACCAUUAUUGCAUUAUUAACCAGAUUAAUUACACAUGCAAGGUGCUUCUCUUCAUGUUCUUCUGCAGCUUUGUAUUAUGGCAAUGUUCUUACAAGACUAUCACCUUUUUUUUUUUUCUUGUAACCAUUUUAGAAAAUGUGUUUUAGUUUAUUUUCUCUGUGGGAAUGUUACGGUUUUAUCCUCCGUGUGAUUGUAUUGGUUCUUUUUCUUUUAAGAGGUUUUUAUUUUAUUUUGGUGUUUUAAGGUUGAACUAUGUUGGGGAGCAUUUUGAAAAUAUCUGUGGAGAAAUACUCAGGCCUCAGGAUGGGAAAUAACUUGUGUAUAGUCUCGGCUAAUAAAUACAUUGUCUUGGACAAAUGAAAUAAAUUAAUGCGCAACAAAAAAA